AUGGAUGCUGCGGAAAGGGAAGCUCAGAAGAUAGUUCAGACUGCUAGAGAAUACCGCACGAAGCGCAUAAAGGACGCCAAGACAGAGGCACAGAAGGAGAUUGAAGACUACAAGAAACAAAAGGAAGAGGAAUUCCGAAAAUUCGAAGCUGAGCACUCGAGCGGAAACCAGAAAGCCGAAAAUGAUGCAAACAAAGAUGCAGAAGCCCAGCUCCUUGAAAUCAAGAAAUCUGGGAAAGAAAAGGGCAACAAGGUCGUCGAAGAUCUCAUUAAGACUGUCCUAGAUGUCAACCCCCAGGUCCCAGAGAAGCUAGCUAAAAAAGCUUAA